AUGCCUGAUAUCACAUCUUUAGACAGCCAAGCCACAAAUGGUGAGGCGGCUGGUGACCUUUACUCUUCAUCCUACCCAAAUAACAGCCUGCAGGGGGAUCUUACUCAUGAUGCAAUUCCCGGUCAUCCAUUGGGAGUAAAGCCGAGUGGCAAUGCCCUGCUUGCUUCUGAGAAUCUUCGCAAUUCUAUUGGAACAUUUAAUCUCCUUCCAGAUGAGUUAAUAUUGCUAUUGUUGGAGUUCCUAGAUAGCCCAGCUCUGCUACGGAUCGGCAGAACAUGUAAGGCGUUUUAUGCCUUUACGAGGGCGGAAGAUCUAUGGAAGGCUCUCUUUACCUGGUCUCCCCCACCUUCAUUUUCGUGGAGAGGAACAUGGCGCUCAACUUUCCUUAACUUACCUCCGUCUCAAGUGUCCAUCUUGGACUGUUCUAACCUCUUCUCGGACGCCUUGCAUCGUCCGUUCUACUGCGCGCACAUUUCGCUGACUCCUUAUGUGUCUAACAUUCCCACGAGAAAUAAAAUAGCUCGCCUGCCAAAUCUCACCCCAGAGGAAUUCCAAGAAAAUUGGACAGACAAACCAUUCGUCCUGACAGAGCCCGUGAAGGAAUGGCCUGCAUACAAAGACUGGUCUGUAGAGACAUUGGUUUCCAAGUACAAAGAUACCGUCUUCCGCGCCGAGGCAGUCGACUGGACCUUGAGUACAUACGUUGAUUACAUGAAGAAUAAUUCCGAUGAGAGUCCACUCUAUCUUUUCGACCGAGCUUUUGCAUCCAAGAUGGGAAUCAAAAUUGGACAACCAGAACAGGAACCUGAAGCAAGCUAUUGGCCACCUCCUUGUCUUGGAGAGGAUUUCUUCUCAGUGCUAGGAGAUGACCGUCCGGAUCGACAAUGGCUGAUUAUCGGUCCUGAAAGGUCUGGAAGUACCUUCCACAAGGACCCGAAUGCCACCAGCGCUUGGAACGCUGUAAUCCGCGGCUCCAAGUACUGGAUCAUGUUUCCCUCUUCUUCGAAGCUCCCGCCCCCGCCUGGAGUCUAUGUUUCUGACGACCAGAGUGAAGUGACUUCUCCCCUUAGCAUUGCAGAAUGGCUUCUGGGGUUCCAUGCCGAAGCACGACGGACACAAGGUUGUAUUGAGGGUGUUUGCAAUGAGGGAGAAAUCCUUCAUGUACCUUCCGGGUGGUGGCAUCUGGUUGUCAAUUUGGAGCCCGCGAUUGCUCUGACGCAGAAUUUCAUCCCCCGUGCGCACUUGACCGCUGCCCUUGAUUUCCUGUCCAACAAGGCCGACCAGGUCUCCGGUUUCCGAAAGGAUGUGCAAAAUCCUUACGAGCGUUUCGUCAACCAGAUGCGCGAGCUUCACCCUGAGUUGCUGGAAGAAGCGUUCGAAGAGCUGAAGAAGAAGAACGAAGGCAAGAAGCGAAAAUGGGAUGAGUUGGUCCACGGCAAGACGGACCAAGAAGAAGGCACCGAUGAUGCGGCCGAGGGAGGUGGUUUCAGCUUUGGAUUUGGAGAUGAUAGCGAUGUGGAAGUUCCCUGA